GUGAAGCGUUAGCCUACAUAAAGAUAGCAGACAGACAGUAGUUCAUUAUAUGUCGUUUUAACUUAACUUUGAGCAAAGCAUAUCUACUGGUAUAACGGCUAUCUUGUGGUUUAUUUGUUUUGAGUUAUGUUGUAGUAACAGGCUGACUCCACCUGCUGGCUUGUAAGCAUCAUGAGCACAUUAUUACACUGAACGUCAUCGACUGACUGCUGCUGGCUGUACACUAGUUGAACUCACACUGAAGAAGGUGGAUUAGUGAACAACCUCACCCGUUUUUAUUUAAAAAGGCUCAGUUUGAAGGAUAAUAUUAGCAGGUGUUUCUUUCUUUAAGCUACAACACCUAUUGGGUGAAGUUUUCUGGAUUUCAGACAACGCGUGGCAUUAAAGCAGCAUGUCAAGGUCCGAUUUUCCUCCGGGUUACGAUGAUUCGCGGCUGAUCUCUAACCCUCAGCCUGGAGGAGGUUACCCUGCUUCGGCCCCCCCAUAUGGCUUCAACGCGUACGGGGGACAGCCGCCUUACCCACAGCCCAAUGAUCCAUACCGAGGCCAACCUGCGGGAUACCCCCCGCCAAGUAUGCCUGUCAUCCCCGUCAUCCCUCCUGGUUUAGGUGAUAAUGAAGGAUUUACUACAACAGGAGGAUUUGACGAUAUUAGUGUCCGUCACACUUUUAUACGAAAAGUUUAUCUGAUCCUCGCUGCGCAGCUUCUGGUCACAGCUACCAUCGUGGCUAUUUUCACAUUUGUGGAACCUGUAGGAGUGUUUGUGAGGAAGAAUCCAGCCAUUUACUGGGUUUCAUAUGCUGUCUAUUUUGUCACUCACAUGGUAUUGGUUUGCUGUCAGGGACCCAGGAGGCGUUUCCCAUGGAACCUGAUCCUGUUGGCCAUUUUUACACUGGCCCUAUCGUUCAUGACAGGAAAUAUAGCAAGCUAUUACAGCACUAAGGCAGUUUUCCUGGCCCUGGGCAUCACUGUUCUUGUGUCUGUCGCGGUGACUGUGUUUUGCUUCCAGACUAAGGUGGAUUUCACUAAAUGUUCCGGUUUUUUCUGCGUCCUCGGAAUCGUCGUGUUUGUGACUGGCAUCAUCACAGCUAUUGUGCUGUCAUUCAAAUACAUCCCAUGGCUUCACAUGCUCUAUGCAGCAAUAGGGGCCAUUGCUUUCACUCUGUUUCUGGCCUAUCACACCCAGCUGCUCAUCGGGAACAGGAAGCUCUCCAUCGGGGCAGAGGAGUAUGUGUUUGCGGCUCUCUCCCUUUAUGUUGACAUUGUCCAGAUCUUCAUCUUCCUCCUGCAAAUUAUUGGAUUUGCGGAGAGAUAGAAGCUUUAAGCUGGCCGAUGGAACUUUUCUGUCUUGUCUUUUAAUGUUUAUGCACUGUGCAGUGUCUUCUCAGUCCAGACCUAACCAACAUGUACUCAAAUAAUACAGAACAAAAACAUAUCUAUCUUUAUACUUAUGAAACAACUGGUAAGGGAUGAAUAUCAUUUGCAUUGUUUACUUACCAUAUGCUUAUGUUACAAUAAACGAUGAGUGAUAUUAUAUAGCCGUUACUUUGUCAUGGAAAUGGAAGCUGUCUUUUAGAAGUGGAUCUGUAUUAGGCAAAUUUAGACUUAGAUUUGCUGUAUUUACUGUAGGUAUUAUGUGUGUGUUUGUGUGGUACAUUUUGGUUGAGGGUAUAGCCUUUCUGCUUUGUACAUGCAAUCUAACUGUAUUUUAUUUUAUGAGUUUAGAAUAUUUAUCACUGGCAUUUUUAUAUACAGUAUAAAAGUCUACAUCAAAUAUAUUUUGCUUUAAUUUUGGGAAAUAAAUGCCUUUACUUAAUGAAUUUGAUACACUUAACCAAAGGUCACAGAUCAUGUGAUGUACAAUGGUGCUUUUCCUGUGUUUGCCACCAAAGAUACACCCAAGAAUUAAAAGUGGUAACUACAUAUUAAAGGAUUGUUAUAUUUCAAUUGUAUAGACAAAAUAAAACUGUCUUUUCUGUUAUAAUGUUCUCAUGCCACGUGAACAACAGUGUGGCUGAAGUUGGAUGUGUAAUCAUUGUUAUUGUGAGGAUGAUCAUAAUAAAAGGAACACAAGUAUUAUUUAA